AUGUCGUCCUCUCCGCCUCUCCCCAUCGUGAAUGAAAAUGGCGUGAAUUGGUCUCUGAUACCGAGUGAGCUCCGGGAGAUGAUCCUGAAGGCAAUUGCACGCUGCAAGAACCCUGGCUGGGGGUCGCAUGCUGCUGUCUCCAAAGAAUGGCAGUCUGUCAUAGAGGUGGAAAACUUUCGUCGCUUGAAACUGCGAUACGAAUGUGUUUUUCAACUGGAACACAUGGUCGCCCCCGAGAGACAAAAGCUUGUUCGUCACAUCUGGCUCAACAUAGGACUUUUCGAUUAUCACUGUGGGAAUUGCCACAUCCGCGAGACCCGGUAUAGCAGGGAGAGCAACAACAUAAAGAUUGAAACCGCUCUUGGAAGACUUUUUUCUGUUAUAUGUCACUGGCCUUGGCAACCAGAAAAGGGAUUGAAGUUGGAGCUUAAUGCAUAUUCCGACAGCGAUUCUCAGCAUUUUUUCCAGCAUUACUAUAUAGGAGCUGAGCAUGAAGAGAAUCCCGAAGAAUGGAGGCCGAAUUUCGUGCUUGCCAGGCAGCUCCCAGCACAUGAUCCAACGCAUGGAUGGAUUGAUGAUCAGCGAGUCUUUGUUCCUCCUACAGAAUCUAUUUGGCGACUCUUCAGCGCGAUGUUUUUAACCGGGUUUCGAGAAGCCCCUCGAGUCGCAGCAGUCACAAGCUUGGUAAUACGCCGCCAGCUUCGCCGUUGCUUUUCUCCAUUCACGCUUCAAGUAUUAUUGGACAAGCUGCCUUGCUUACUCGAGAUUUCUUACGAGUCAUGGCGGACAUGGAAUGAAGAUUGGAAGGAGAUAUUCUUCCCAAGUGUAUCGGUCAAAAGAAUAGUGAUAUUCGAAGAUACCAAUGAUGAUAUUACCACGGCAAUGAACUUUUAUGCCGAUCCUCUUUGGGACAGUUCUGCCCUCGAUUCCCAAAUCGGCAAGGUUUUUGCUGAUAGAAGCCUCCAGCUUGAACAACUUGCUGCCUCAUUCAUGACCGAUGCCAGGCAUUUCUUCCACCACUGCCAGAAGUCCUGGGUUUGGCCUCGACUGCAGUCUCUAGCUCUGACAACGUCGCUCUUAUGCUCUACAUCCUCCCGAGAAGGAGCUGCUGCCCUUUUACGCGCUGCAGCAAAAUCUGCGCUGAAUAUGCCGAAAUUGCAUGCAAUGGCAUUAUGGUAUGGUGCGAGAAGAGAGGCUUGCGCAGUUAUAUACAAGAUCAAGGCCGGAACAGCUUCUAUCACGUCGCGAAGUACAUGGUACAUGGACUUGAAUCACUAUCCCGGAGUCAUUACGGCAUGGAACAACGUUAGCUUCAAGGCUCUUCAUAGAGACAUUCAUGUAUCCCAAGAUCUGAUUCAGGAAGUAAUCGAGUCUCAUGGCGAUGCCAUUCACUACUUGCGACUACCCUGCACAGUUAUUGGCCCCGUAUCGUUGUGGCAGAUACGAAGGGAGGCAGCGCGAAGCCGCAUCAAUGCAAACUGA